AUGUAUACAAUUGAGUUUCAAAAGCGAGGCUUACCCCAUGCUCACAUUUUGAUUUUCUUGCACCCCCAAAGCAAGUAUCCAACACCGUCCGACAUUGAUAACAUCAUUUGUGCCGAGAUACCUGAUCCUAUACUUCAUCCUGCUUUAUACGCAUUGGUAAAAUCACAUAUGAUACAUGGACUGUGCGGUCUUUCACGGCCUAAUUCACGAUGUAUGAGAAAUCGGCAAUGUUCGAAAUAUUAUCCAAAAAGUUUCAUCGAAGAUACAGUUGUUAAUGCUGAAGGUUAUCCAUUAUAUAAAAGAAGAUCCAACACACAUGAAAUUACAAAAAAUAAUAUCAAGUUGGAUAAUAGAAAUGUGGUUCCCUAUAACACUUGGUUAUUGUUGAAAUAUCAAGCACAUAUUAAUAUGGAAUGGUGUAACCAAUGCACUUCUAUCAAGUAUCUAUUCAAAUACAUUCACAAAGGAUAUGACAGAAUCAGUGCAAGUGUGGUUGCUUCUAGGUCUAACACCGGACAACAGCAUGAAUGUGUAGAUGAAAUCAAACAAUAUCUCGAUUGUAGGUAUGUUUCUCCGAGUGAGGCCUGUUGGCGAAUAUUUUCAUACAAGGUUCAUGGAAGGAAACCUGCUGUUGAGCGAAUGUUUUUCCAUCUCAUUGGUGAAAAGGCUGUCUAUUACAACGAUUGUGAACAAAUGGAGAAUGUCUUAGAAAAUGCAAGUGUCACAGAAUCUAUGUUCACGUCUUGGCUGGUAGCAAAUGGAACAUAUGAGGAAGCCCAAUCAUUAACAUACGGUGAAUUCGUUACAAAGUUUGUUUAUGUUAAGAGAAACAGAUUGUGGAAGCCACGAAAAAAAGGGUUCACUAUCGGACGUUUGGUGUGGGUUCCACUGACAACCGGUGAACUUUUCUAUUUGCGGAUGAUGUUGACUGUAGCAAAGUGA